UGAACUUCGGCUUAGUUGCAUCUGGAAUUUGAGCGAAGAACACGCGAGAACAGCUAGCUGGGGAAUUGACAGCCGCGGCGAAUAGGAAACAGGCCAGCCAACCUCCUGAGUGGUCGUGGGUGGAUUCCGAAGCUGUACCGUGGAUCCUGUUCCCUGAUAGGGAUUGAGACUGUGAUAUAGUGAUAGAACAAAAUGGCAAAAAUGGCAAAAUCAGUGAAAACUCAAGUGAUGCUCGCAGUGUGUCUAGUGUUCGCCGUGGAGCAGUAUUCCGUCGCAGCAAACGUUCUCUUUCGACGGUUCUUCAUCGUUUCAGCAAUCGAACGAAAUUGCAUUCUUCCCCUGAAGCCAGACUGGUCGUUCUUUUCGCCGCUGAUUUUCAGUCUGGACGGGACGCUGAUCUCAACGGAGAGUGUAAGCGACGAAGCGGAAGACAUCACGCUAGCGGUUGGAGAUGAAGUUCUGCUAUCCUGUGCUCCCAACUACUUCCGGGAGUUUUCGUCGGAAAAAGUACUGAGGGCAAAAUGCAAGAAGGACAAGACACUCGUUGUCGAUGGUCAGGAUAAGAACUUCAUCUCAGAGCUUUUCUGCGAAGCUCGGUCAAUCGAAGAAAUCAUCGUUCCAGUUCGUGGAUGCCCGAGCAACGCGAGAUCGAUCGAGUAUGGCUACACCAACCCUGUGAACAGCAGAUCCUACAUUCUUGGUGAGGCUUGUUAUGAUGUUAAACGUGGACAAACGUUAUUCGUUCACACGAAGAUCAGAUCCGGAACCAAUACGGUUGAGGCUCUCGCUCUGAAAACCGCCAACAAUGCCGAAUACUUCCGACGGGAGCAUCCCACUUCUCGAUACAAAGUUGAACUUAACAAAGCAUUGAACAUCAACGACCACGCGGAGCGAUUCAAGGGAGUUUUCGGUAACAAGAACAUCCCGAAAAUCGAAGCCCGACGAUACGUCAAUGAAGACCUGUUAACCCACAAGCAGUACCAGUCAGUUCUGAAGUUGGCCUGGAACUAUCAGAUUGUCAAGGAUCUAUCACUCCUGGAAAACUUUGAUAACUUGGUCGAUGACAUUGCUGACCUGGACGCCAAAGAAGUAGAAAUUUACACCGGUGCUCACGGAGUUCUCUCGCUCAAAGACAAAAACAACCACAACGUAGACGUCUACCUGAAAGAGAAUCGCUUCCCGGUUCCCAAGUUCCACUGGACAGUGGUAAGAUCCGAGAGCAGAGCCGUGGCGUUUGCCGUUUUCAAUAAGGCGCAGCUAACGGACGCCGAACGAGAGAAAGACUCCUUCUGCAACAGUAUCUGUGAUCAGUUGACGUGGAUCAGCACCCUGCGGGAGAACAGUUCCUACAGUAAACCCCAGCUGGGCUACGUCCUGUGCUGCGAACUGAACGAGUUCCGCCGGACGAUAAAGGAAAUGCCCCCACUGAACGGCAUAAAGGAAGUGCUGAAGUAGUGUUGAGAGUGGGGAGCCCUUUUCGGAAUCAAAGGGUUCUCGCUGCCCUCGUUGCUGUAGGCGAUCAAUUGAACAAACAAAAGUGCUGGCAUGUGAUUUUAAUUUUUAUUAUUUAAUAAAUGAAUGUGUAGGAUGUGCUCUCUUAAUGACUUAGAUGAAUGAUUGAAAAAGUACAACAGUGUAUAUAGUA